AUGUACUCCGCGCUGGGAACUGUUGCCGCUAAGAUGUCCCGGAUCUUGGUCGCUUAUGUACUCAUUGGUAUUCUGAAGAAUUCUGUGUCUCAAACAACGUUUAGUACGAGCUUUGGAACUAACCAGGCGCUUGGCAACGGCCUGGCAGCCAAUAAUUUAGUUGCUAACAAUCCUGUAGCUAAUGCAAUUGCAAGCAAUAUAGUUCGUGGGAAUGCUGUAGCCAACCAAUUGGCUUUUAAUAAUGGCAUGGAUACUUCUCUUGUCAAUUCCAUAGCUGGCAAUCCGAUAAUAGCGACAACUAAUGUUGCAAAUACUAUAGCUGGAAACAAUGAUGCUGCUAUUAAUGUCGCUGCUGAAAAUGCUGCUUUAAGUCUAAAUGGCUUGACAGUAGCAGGAUUGCCAAUACCUGGCGUUUCUCCAGUAGAAAUCGGCGAAGUUGCUGUUAAAGGAGAACUGCCAGUAGGUGGUUUAACAGCCAUAGCUGGUAAUGUGCCGGUGAUUGGCUACGUAAGUUUCGAGGGUAUCUUGCCAGCCGCCGGGCUCGUGAGUAUCGCCAGCAACUGUGGAUCCAACGACCACGUGGUUCAUUAGUAUUUCUGUGAUCUAAUGUAGUUUAAUAUGUAAUUUAUUUUGUAUUUAUUUAAAUCUUUAAUAUAAUAAAAUAUUUAUUGUUAAUCCUAAA